AUGGAAUGCCCAGACUGUAGUUCGGGGCCUUUCUACGUGUAUUCUGCUCUAGAAUCGCAUAGAGGUAGUGCGGCUUGCAGAAUAGCUGCUGCAUCCAGAGGCGCAGAGGCGUCAGAUUCCCCACCAAUCCAACCCCCCGCUCAAUGUCGGCGCGUGUGGAGUCCUUCCAGCAGUGAAAACGUAUUCGUACCACCUACGUUUGAUGAGCCAGCCGAUGAGGACGGUGUGGAAGCGGCAGCCGCUCGUGCCGCCGAUGAUCCGGAGGCAUUCAUGGCAUGCAUGAGUGACUCGAAUGGGAUAGCGGAAGUUUCUCAGAUUCCCAACGGAUCUAAUCCGCGCCCCGCAGCUCCAUUCUCCUUCAAGGACGAAUUGGCACGCUGGAUUCUCCAAGAGCGUAUAUCUCAACGUUCGCACACUACCUCUCUCCCUGCUAUCCAUUCUGCGAUUCCUGGCUCUCCCUACCUCUCCCUCACCAUCCUGAUGCAUUUCCAGCACAUCCUCUCUCUCCCGGCUAUGCCCGCCUCUCCCAACCUCUCUCUCACCGUCCUCAUUCACUCUUUCUCUCUCCCUGCUAGUCAUUCUGCCAAGCCCGCCUCUCCCAACCUCUCCCUGCUCCCCAUUCUGCUAUACCACAACCUCCCUGCCAUCCCUUCUCUCUCCUGCGCUUCCCUCUCGCGCCUUGCCCCACAUUCUGGUUUUCCAGUCCCUCUCUACCACUCCCUGCCAUUCCUUCUCUCUCCUGCGCUUCCCUCUCGCGCCUUGCCCCGCAUUCUGGUUUUCCAGUCCCUCUCUACCUCUCCCUGCCAUUCCUUCUCUCUCCUGCGAUUCCUUUUCGCGCCUUGCCCCCCAUUCUGGUUUUCCAGUCCCUCUCUACCUCUCCCUGUCAUUCCUUCUCUCUCCUGCGCUUCCCUCUCGCGCCUUGCCCCGCAUUCUGGUUUUCCAGUCCCUCUCUACCUCUCCCUGCCAUUCCUUCUCUCUCCUGCGAUUCCUUUUCGCGCCUUGCCCCCCAUUCUGGUUUUCCAGUCCCUCUCUACCUCUCCCUGCCAUUCCUUCUCUCUCCUGCGCUUCCCUCUCGCGCCUUGCCCCGCAUUCUGGUUUUCCAGUCCCUCUCUACCUCUCCCUGCCAUUCCUUCUCUCUCCUGCGCUUCCCUCUCGCGCCUUGCCCCGCAUUAUGGUUUUCCAGUCCCUCCCUUCCUCUCCCUGCUACACUCUCUGAGUUUCCAGCCCCUGGGUCACAACGACCUGUCCCUACCCCUUCUUUUCUCUCCUGCACUUCCCUUUCUCUCCCUGCCACACUCUCUGAAUUUCCAGCCCCUCGUAAACCUGUCCUUGCUCCACUGUAUCGCCCCUGCCAUUCCCUCUCUCUCCCUGCCCUUCCUUGCGUGA